AUGAAUUCGGGUUCGGAUCCCACGCGCCCACUUUUGUCCAAAAAUGAUCGGAACUCCACGGAACACGACGGUCGGAAAACCCGAAUCCCUCGCCGGAACUCCGUUAACUCUCUCAGAUCCGCUUUCAUGUCCAUGCUCCCUGAUAAGGUCCGUUCUAACCUUGACUCCGAGUCUCCUUUCGAUGUUGAUCUCUCCAAAGCCACCGCUUUGAGCCAAGGAGUGAAAGAUUACUAUGAAAAACAAAUAGCUACUCUGAAAUCAUUUGAGGAAGUGGACGCGGUGGUGGACUAUAAAUAUACUAUAAAAUAA